AUGGUGUCCACGCAAGAGAUGAACGAGCGCCGUGAGGAAGGUUGCACUGGAGUCACUACAGAUAAAAAAUACUACGAGGUGGGAAAGUCGUUCGUCAAGCGUACCCUUCGGCGGCAUGAAUGGAUGACAACAUGCAACGACUGGAAGCCAUCCGCCUGCCUGCCUCAGCGAUGGAGAACAGACGCAGCGAUCCUGACGUACCUCCGAGAAAAUACGAACAUCCCGCUCCCCCGCCUACAGCAUACCUUUGAAGACGAUGGGGCCUUCUACUUUAGUACUGAACUCGUACCGGGUGUCAGCAUGUCUCAGAUCACCGAGGAGGAGAAGCAGGUGGUCACCAAGGAGCUGCUAGAGCACGUUGCCACGCUGAAGUCACUCCGUUCCAAUACCCCUGGCGUGCCGGGCCAAACGCUGUUAUGUGCUCCAAACCGGGUCCAUAGCCGUUUCUGGAAGCAACACAGUUGCUGGCGGCCGAAGCUCGAUAUUGAGCCGGGGAGUUACGUCUUCUGUCACAAUGACCUGGGUCAGCAUAAUGUCAUCGUCGACCCGGAGACACUCAAAAUCAACGCUAUUAUCGACUGGGAGUAUGGGGGUUUUUGGCCGGAGUGGUUUGAGCAGCCAUAUUGGAAGCGAGAAGGACCUAGCGCUCCGCUUAAGGGCGAGGAGGAUGAUAAGGAGCGGUGUCGCGAAUGGUUAUUAGCUUUUUGUACCGAAGUAGAGAUGCACCACCUACUAUCGCUGAAGGAAAAGCUCGGCCAGUCGGUAUAG